AUGGACCACAGGGAUGUGGCUGAGCAGCUGGAAGCGGGCGGAGGUCAAGGCGAAGCGGCGGGAAGCGCAGGUGGCAACGAGAUGAGUCCGCGCCAAGAUGGGCAGGCCCCUCCGGUACCGAUCGAUGGACACCGCCUCUCCUUCACGAGCGCCCUCAAAGACUGGUUCACCCGCUCGCCUCUCUCGCCGAGAACGCCUCGCCAGUCGCCGAGGACGUCGCCUCGCACUCCCCACUCCGGCUCGUCCACCACCCCGCGCGCGCGAUGGUCGACUUCGUCGCACUCGCACGGGAACCCCUACUUCCCGCCGACCUCCUCGCACGUCGCACACCCUCCCAACGUCGCUUCCACCUCUCGCCCCCACCCCAAGCGACCGAGUCGACCUCGCUCGACGUCGGCACCGACAGGCGACGUCCCAACGUUGCAGAAGAAGGGCUUCUUGGCCCGCAUGCGUCUCAAGCUCGGCCAUCCUGGCGAAUCGGCUGUUACGCCCGCCAACCUCAACCCAGCUGUCGUCUCGCCAGGCUUUGAGCAGCCACCUGCAUCCAUUCCAGCGCCGAAGGUCCCGCCCUUUCGCCGCGCCGCGUCGGGCCCGGCGAGGCUUUUGGACCGCAAUCACAGAGAGCGGCAACCAAGGAACGCCGGCAUCGCCGUCCACGUUCAGCAAGAGGAGGAGUCCGACCGUGCCUCGACACCGUCUGACGUUUCGACGCUUCCUAUCUGCUGCAACGACGCUCAUAACUACGCACAAACCACUGACACUUUUGGCGACGUCUUUGCGGAUCCGCCAUCGACCAACGACGAAUUCGACCGAAACUCUUUCCCAGUGUCCGACGAUGGUCCAGGUCUCGUCUCAUCUUUCCCAGGCACUCAAGAGUCGCCAACCGCCACCAGGGACAUCACUCGUUCGGUCACGAGGUCGACAUCAUCCUCGCCAACGCCUCGAGCCACCGCCAGCGGGAGCAGCUCAAUCGAGUGCUUUCACCCUUUCCUCGGCGCGCCGAUCUACGACGGGCCUCUGAGAGUGCAGACUCGUCCUUCGUCAAUGCGGCAGCAAGCCUACGGUGCAAGCUGGACUGGCCUCUCCCUCGGUCUCGCGCCGUCCGAGCAAACUGCCGGAGUCCUCUCGGCAGCGUCGACAUCGUCGAGGAACAACCGCGCCUACUCCGACGUCUGGCCUCCGCCGGGACUAGUCUCUCGCUUCAGCGACUGGACGCCGACCGAGCCGGAGCGCAGGUCGUCCUACCACAGCUCCGUCUUCGUCUCGCUCAUUGCCCGCCACAACCUCGGCCUUUCGUCGAUCAGCCUGCACGAGGAGAAACUGGCCGCCCGACGUCUCGCCCACACCUUCCGACAGCUUGGGCGUCGUGCGCCACCCUGGCGCCUCGAAUCGCGACUUCCGCCCGCUCCUCACGCAGUCGUCUCGCCAGCGCAUCCUCUCCCUCCGCAAGAAGCGAUCCGCCGCCGCUCUGGUCGACUGGCCAUCUCUCGAGGUCGCGGCGCCGCCGGCAACACAGCCGAGGUAUUCAAGCAUCACGUCGAGGUCGAGGCUUCCGUUGUGGCCGUACAGCCUUUCCUCCAGAUCCCCCUCACGCAAGACGGCCGAGCCGAGCAUCGUCUGCGCUCGAGAAGACGAGGCUUGGCUGAGGGAGAGCAGGCCGGCGUCGAAGAGGUUCAAGAUGCGGAUGGUCAGCGUCGGUGUGCAGACGGAGUGAAGCGGUAG